AUGGGACUCGGUGUCUUGGAAGAUACCAAACUUCCGCAUGUGCCUGGCACCGUCCUGCUGAACGACGAGGCUGCUCAUGCCGAAGCACAGACAGCGAACCUUAAGCAUGGGACGGGAAGAAACUCCCACAUCGUGCUUUCUCCACAACCGAGCGAUGAUCCAAAUGAUCCGCUCAAUUGGCCCCUCCUGAAGAAAGAGGCCAUUAUUUGGAUUCUUUGCUUCGGUUCGAUGUUGAAUGCGGCAACGAAUGGUCCUUUCUUGAACGCGUCAUAUUUUGCUAUCGCUCAGGAAAUCAAAACCGAUCUGACCACCACGGUCUUGAUAUCGGGCUACAAUAUUCUCGCAGCCGGUUGUGCUGGUCCCUUCGUGUGUGCGUUCAGCCGCAGAUACGGCAAACGACCUGUCUUCAUUGUGUCCACUCUCUUCUGCAUCAUCGGUACAGCCAUCGGCGAGUCAAAAAUCAGCUACAACUACCUCCUCGCGGCUCGAAUUGUGCAGGGUUUCUCGACUAGCGCGUUUGAAUCGCUCAUUGUCGCAGCCGUUGGAGAUCUCUACUGCGUACAUCAACGAGGACUACGAAUCUCAACCAUCAACUUCAUCCUGAACUCGGCAUCCAGUCUGGCCUCAAUCAUCUGCGGCCAGGUGUUCAAUAACCUGGGUCUUCUCUGGCUUUUCCACCUGUUCCAGAUCUUCCUGGUCAUCCAGUUUGUUCUCAUGUUCCUCUUCGUCCCGGAGACGACAUACCGCCGUGAAUCCAUCUAUGAGACCGACAUCGUCAAGGUGGAGGCGUUCGAGCAGAUUGAAAAGGCUCAUGAGCAACACCGCGAGCACGCCAUUGCUGUCAAAGAGCUCAACGAAUCUCCUGCCGCCUCCUCGCGCAUUCCCCGCAAGAAGACCUUUGUCCAGGAACUUAAGCUCUACAAUGGCAUCUUUUCCCACGACAAUAUCCUCAAAUGGGUUUUGGGAAUGUUCCUCACCCUCCUCAACCCAGCUGGAUGCUACUCGAUCAUCGUCUCGGGUCUGCUUUGCGCCUGGUAUGUCGGUUCGGCGAUCAUUCUGGCAGGCAUCUUUGCGGGCCCGCCCUGGCUGUUUAAUCCCGCCCAGAUCGGCUAUAUCGGAGCAGGUCCUUUCGUCGGCGGAAUGAUUGGGUCGAUCAUUGUGGCGUUGCUCGGGGAUCGAGUGGUAAAAUGGAUGACGAUCAAGAACAAAGGGACCUAUGAACCCGAAUUCCGUCUGGUAUUCAUGCUUCCCUGCGCCGUGUUUUCCGGCUUCGGAAUGUUCUUCUUCGGCUAUACCAUGGCCCACGGCUCCAACGCGGUGCUCUGCGCCUUCUGUCAAGGUUUGAUGAUGGUUGGUGUCCUCAUAGGUGUGUGGUCGACCAUGUCCUAUGGGCUGGACGCCUUCCGUAGCCAGAGUAACGAGAUGUUCAACUUUAUGUUUUAUGGCCUCUCGAACUUUGCAAACAAUUGGGUCGCCGCGAAAGGUCCUGAGGAGAUCAUGUUCACGUUCGGAGGCACCACCUUGGCCAUGUGUCUCCUUGCUAUCCCGGUAUAUAUGUACGGGAAGAGAUUGAGGAGCUGGUGGACCAGACAUGAUCUCUUUAUCUUCUUCGGGAUGCAAGCCACCGGGCCAGAGAGCAAUAUGGGUUAA